UUAACAAAAAACAAAGAAAGAAAAGUAAAGAGAAAACAAGAAUAGCCUACCGUUUUCUCCAUUCUGCUGAUUUCCUCUCUCACAAGAAACUCAACUCAACACCGUUUUAUACCUCCCAACAGACAAAGCAACACACAUUCAUCUGGAUUCUUCAUCAAUCCACAGAACCCAAUCGGCAAAUCCAAAGAAACCCAUUUGGGGAUUUUUAAUUUCUGGCAAUUUAAGUCAAUUUUUUAGAAACUAUUCGUUACAGAAAUGGAGCAAGGGCUUGGUGGUAAUGGCGUGGAUAUAGAAAAGAAAUUGCAAGAAUUGCAAAAGCAACUCUCGAAGAAAAGUAUGUUUGAAGAAGCUGUCUUCUCCAUCAAAUCCCUUCUUCAACAGUAUUACUCUUCUGCUUCUCCUCCUCUCAAGAAUUUGUUCUACACUGUCGUAUGUCGGGUUGCAACUGUUCUAAAGACAAGAUAUACGGCACCUGGAUUUUGGAAUGCUGGGCUGGGGCUUUUCCUGGAAGCCGAACACCUAAUAUCUGGAACUUCAGAGAGGAAACAUUUGCAGAAUUGCAUUGCUCAUGCCAGGGAACAUUUGGGUGAAGCAGAGAAUCGAUCAGAAGAUAUGGGAUCUGCUCAAACGAGGAAUACAGGAUUUUUAUUUGAAGGACACCUCACAGUUGAUCCUGAGCCUCCACAGCCUGAUUGGCUGGUGCAAUCAAACUUCUUGUCUGCUGCUGCUACCUUGUUUUCUGGAGAAUCUUCUAAUGAGCCAGUAGGCAAUAGUAACACAUCUGAAGAAGCAGCAAACCUAGUCCGGCAGUUGUUUGAUAGACUUGAUACAAUGGUGCCAGUGAUUCUGGAAGAUGGACCUGCAGCACCAAGAGCCCCACCUGCAAGUAAAGAAGUGGUGGCAAAGCUCCCUGUUACAACUGUUACAGCAGAUGUCUUGACCAAGCUGGGUGCGGAUAGUGAGUGCGCCAUUUGCACUGAGAGCUUGGUGCUGAAUGACAAGAUGCAAGAGUUGCCUUGCAAGCAUAUCUUUCACCCUCCCUGCCUUAAGCCCUGGCUGGAUGAACAUAAUUCUUGUCCAAUCUGUCGGCAUCAGCUGCGAACGGAUGAUCAUGACUACGAAAGUUGGAAGGAGCGAGAGAAGGAAGCUGAAGAAGAGAGAAAAGGAGCAGCAAAUGCUGUUCGAGAAGGGGUGUCCAUGUAUAUAUAGGUUAAACUGUUAUUUCUAAUGUUUUGGUAUUCCAGUGUUCUUGUAAUGGCAUAAAACUUUUGUAGUAAUAAACAUUAUUAUUUUUUCUUGAUUUGGUUAUUGACUAUUUCAUGGCCUUCUAGUUAAAUUCCAUUGUUUCUUAUUUCUAA